AAAUUGGAGAAUAUUUCGAUAAAUUAAUACAAAUAAAUAUGAAAAUUUACUCUGUAAUCACUUUAGUUAUGAUGCUCCUAAUGGCCUCAUUUGCUCAGAUAGCCCAGGAUGAAGACAAAAUGGAAGCAUUGAAUCAAGAAGCUGAAACCCUUGCUGCAAAUUCUUCCUGUGGACCUCUUGAACUGGCGAUAUGUGGCUAUAUCAUGUCUAGUGGGAACUACUAUUUCUGCCAAAUCCAAUCAGUAUGCCUCUGCUGUGGCGCUCUCCCCGGCCAAGUCUGCUACGGCCACUGAACCAUCUAAACCCUCUUUCUCCUCUCCCACACUUAGC